AUGAUGAAACCAACCAAAAUUCAAGAAAGUCAGUAUACUUAUGAAUAUCCAAGACACUGGGUAGAGUAUGUAGGAGGUGAGAAAGCUAUUGAAAUCAGACAGGUUCGAAGUAUUCCAGCAGGAAGAACAAUAUUAUUGAAGAACUUUAAUGUUUUGAGAUAUAAUGAUGAAACAAAGAAGCAAGAUAGUUUCCCUGUUGCUGUGUAUGUGAACCUAGACACAGGAGAUGACAUGAAAGUUUUUAAUACAAAGCUUCAAACGGUAGUGAGAGAACAACUGACUGCGGAAGGGCAUCCAUUACCUUCAGAAGUUACCAUAGCAUAUAAUUUUGAAACAAAUGCAAUAGAUUUUAAAGUCAUCUCUGCAAAGAAGUCAGGAUUUACAUUUAAUGAAGCAGAUGUAUAUUCGAAUGAAAACUUCAAAGCUAUUGCAUGGUUAGAUAAUGACGAUUGCUUUAAGAAAAUCUUUAAAUUCAGUGACUCAAAGAUGUCAAUAGAUGACCUUCGUGGAAUGUUACCAUCGACGUUUACAGUAGAAGGUUCAGCAGGAUUGCUUACAAGAUUGUCAAUUGGUGGCAUUUGGUCUCGUGAGAACAUUGUUAUAAAAUCCAGUAUAAGUGAAUUUGCUGAAGAAUCUAUAUUAUGUCUUUCAAACUAUAUGUAUUCGCCGCCAAAGCAUUAUAG